GGGUUCCUGACAAAAAAAAACCUGCAUGGCGGCGGUCAUAGUAACCGGUUGGUGAGAAGGUGAAUGAUGACUAUGAGAGGCUGGAAUCUGCGGGAGGUUUCCCUGGCUUUAAGGCAAGGGCAAAUUAGUCCGACUGAACUAUGCCAGAGAUGUCUGUCUUUAAUCAGGAAAACAAAAGUUUUGAAUGCCUAUAUUACUGUCACUGAGGAGCAAGCCCUGAAACAGGCUGCAGAUGCAGAGAACAGACUGCGGAGAGGAAAUCCUUUAGGUCCAUUAGAUGGAGUUCCAGUUGCUGUUAAAGAUAACUUCAGCACUGAUGGUAUUGAGACGACAUGUGCAUCAAAUAUGUUAAAAGGUUAUGUUCCACCUUUUAAUGCCACAGUAGUGCAGCGGUUACUGGACCAAGGUGCUGUAUUGAUGGGAAAGACCAAUCUCGAUGAAUUUGCAAUGGGGAGUGGAAGUGUUGAUAGCAUCUAUGGGCCAGUAAGGAAUCCGUGGGGAUAUUCUGAACAAUAUAGAGAACGGCAUGUUGAAGAUGGUGAUGUGGAAGACUCCAACUGGGUAGUAUCCGGUGGCAGCUCUGGCGGUAGUGCAGUAGCUGUUGCUUCACUGACAUGCUUUGCUUCUUUAGGUUCAGAUACAGGUGGUUCCACGCGUAAUCCUGCAGCGCAUUGUGGGAUUGUUGGCUUUAAGAGUACUUACGGAUUGCUGUCUCGCCAUGGCCUCAUACCGUUGGUCAAUUCUAUGGAUGUUCCUGGCAUUAUGAGCAGAUGUGUAGACGAUGUAAGCACUGUAUUUGGUGUGCUUGCUGGCCAUGAUCCCAAAGACUCCACCACUGUACAAGAUCCAUUCAAACCCUUUGAGUUACCUGAUGAGAUCGAUGUAAGAAAUCUGUGUGUUGGAAUUCCAAAGGAGUAUCAUGCACCUGGACUUUCCAGUGAAACAUUGAAAGUGUGGACAAAGGCAGCUGAGCUGUUUGAAAACGCAGGUGCCAGAGUUGUUGAAGUCUCUGUUCCUCACACCCAAUACUCAAAUGUGUGCUAUCAUGUCCUGUGCACUACAGAAGUAGCAUCCAAUAUGGCUCGCUUCGAUGGACUGGAAUAUGGGCACCGCAGUAAAGUGGAAAAUUCAACAGAAUCCAUGUAUGCAGCAACCAGGCAUGAAGGCUUCAAUGACGUGGUUCGAGGAAGAAUCCUGGCAGGCAAUUACUUUCUUCUAAAACAGAAUUACGAUGACUAUUUUGUUAAAGCCCAGAAAGUGAGACGCCUUAUUGCAAAUGACUUUCUGAAGGUUUUCAGAUCAGGCGUUGAUGUCCUUCUUACACCCACAACUCUAAGUGAUGCCUCCACAUAUCUUGAGUUUAUCAAAGAAGAUAACCGGACGAGGACUGCACAAGAGGAUGUUUUUACACAGCCAGUGAACCUAGCAGGUUUGCCAGCUAUAGCUGUUCCUGCCACAUUGUCAGGAAGAGGACUGCCACUUAGCCUUCAGUUCAUUGGACGGGCCUUCUGUGAUAAGCAACUGCUGACUGUUGCCAAAUGGUUUGAACAACAAAUGAAUUUUCCACUUCUCAAUCUCCAGGCACUGUUAAAUAAUUGUAGUGAUCUUGUUAAACCUCAGAGUUCAGUUGGUGUCUCCUGAUAUUUUUUCCAAAAGCACUGUGGCUUAAACCAUAAAUGUUUGGGAAGGACUUUCAACUGUGAAGCUAAAACUGGAUCUUAUACAUUUUAAUAAUGUAUCAAAGAAUAGUACAAUGCAUCUUAUCCAGAUGUACUUCUACCUUUCUGUUUUAUCAGCUUAUUUUCUAUUUCCUCUUUUGGAGGCUUUGUCAAAGCGGUACUCCUGCCUAAAUCACGACAGCUGAGCAGUUCUGGGGUGCACACGAUUAUUAUUUUCUUCUCCUUUUUUUUUUAGAUUUGUGUAUCACUGGAAAGAUAGUUAUUUAGUGCCAAUUCCCAUAUGGCCAUUGUGUCUGUCUACCCUAUCAAGAAUUGUGAUGGUCUCUGAUCAGGCCAUGCUGUUCAAUUAAAAAAAAAUUAGGAGCACUGGUGGAAUG